AUGCCCCAUUUCACUGUGGUACCAGUGGAGGACAACCCGCCGUCCAACUAUGACAGCCUGGAGGGAAUUAACUGGGUGGAUUACAGGGACACGGGGCAAGGAGGAUACCCUGGGCAUGGAGACACAGUCAGCUCCGAUGGACAUGGCAAUCAUAAAGAAGACAGUCCUUUCCUCAACACUACAGACUCGUCAAAGAGGAAUGACUACUAUGACAAGAAUCUGGCCUUGUUUGAGGAGGAGUUGGACAUUCGGCCCAAGGUGUCUUCCUUUCUUAGCCGCUUGGUCAACUACACAAAUAUUACUCAGGGCGCAAAGGAACAUGAAGAGGCAGAAAGUGCAGAUGCGUCUAAGAGGAAAAUCCCAAAGUCUCCGAACAUGGGGACACUGAUGGGAGUUUACCUGCCCUGUCUGCAGAAUAUAUUUGGAGUCAUUCUUUUCCUGCGUCUCACCUGGAUUGUAGGCACAGCAGGAGUUGUGCAGUCUUUCCUCAUAGUCCUUAUGUGCUGUUCCUGUACAAUGCUCACAGCAAUAUCAAUGAGCGCAAUUGCUACCAACGGUGUUGUCCCAGCUGGGGGAGCAUACUUUAUGAUUUCGCGAUCUCUGGGGCCUGAAUUUGGAGGCGCUGUGGGUCUUUGUUUCUACUUGGGCACAACCUUUGCUGCUGCUAUGUACAUCCUGGGUGCCAUAGAAAUAUUUCUGAAAUAUCUGGUGCCUCAGGCAGCCAUUUUCCACACUGUAGAUAUCCAUGCAGGAAGCAGCGCCAUGCUGAACAACAUGAGAGUCUAUGGGACCAUCUGCCUGAGUCUCAUGGCUGUCGUGGUGUUUGUAGGGGUGAAGUACGUGAACAAGUUUGCCUCCCUCUUCCUAGCCUGUGUCAUCAUCUCCAUUGUUUCCAUCUAUGCUGGGGCAAUAAAAUCUAUUUUCCACCCUCCGGAUUUCCCUAUCUGUAUGCUGGGGAACAGGACAUUAGUGCGGGAUCUUUUUGAAGUGUGUCAGAAGAUGGAAGUUAAGGGGAAUGAGACAGUCCCCAGCAAGCUGUGGAGGAACUUCUGCGUCUCAGAGAACGCUAGCAGUGCUCACUGUGAUGAGUACUUUGCCCAAAACAACGUAACCGAGAUCCAGGGCAUUCCUGGACUGGCCAGUGGAAUUAUCAGAGAGAACAUGUGGGGUGAUUACUUGGAGAAAGGACAGAUUCUGGAAAAACCUAGUCUGCCCUCUGUAGAUGUCCAUGGCUCCAUGGAGUCUUUCGGUUUUUAUGUAUCUGCAGACAUCGCCACCUCCUUCACUCUCCUCGUCGGAAUCUUCUUUCCCUCAGCAACGGGAAUCAUGGCUGGAUCCAACAGAUCAGGAGAUCUAAGGGAUGCUCAGAAGUCCAUUCCUGUUGGGACAAUACUGGCCAUUACCACCACCUCUCUUGUCUAUUUCAGUUCUGUGGUCCUAUUUGGGGCGUGUAUUGAGGGUGUGGUUCUCAGAGACAAGUUUGGAGAUGCAGUCAGUAAAAACCUGGUAGUUGGGACGCUCUCUUGGCCCUCCCCUUGGGUCAUUGUGAUUGGCUCCUUCUUCUCCACAGUGGGAGCAGGACUGCAGUCCCUGACCGGAGCUCCCCGCCUCCUGCAGGCUAUCGCUAAAGACAACAUUAUUCCUUUCCUUCGUGUGUUUGGACAUGGUAAAGCAAAUGGUGAGCCUACAUGGGCACUGCUGCUGACUGGGCUCAUAGCAGAGCUAGGCAUUUUGAUCGCCUCACUAGACAUGGUGGCUCCCAUUCUCUCUAUGUUUUUCCUGAUGUGUUACCUGUUUGUAAACUUGGCAUGUGCUGUACAAACUCUCCUGCGAACCCCAAACUGGAGACCAAGGUUUAAAUACUACCACUGGGCUCUGUCUUUCCUGGGAAUGAGUAUGUGCCUGGCUCUCAUGUUCAUCUCCUCCUGGUAUUAUGCCAUUGUAGCAAUGGGCAUCGCCGGCAUGAUCUACAAGUACAUUGAGUAUCAGGGUGCAGAGAAGGAGUGGGGCGAUGGCAUCCGUGGUCUGUCUCUCAGCGCUGCUCGAUAUGCUCUCCUUCGUUUGGAAGCUGGACCACCCCACACCAAAAACUGGAGACCACAGUUGCUUGUGCUGCUGAAGCUGGACGAAGAUCUGCAUGUUAAAUAUCCCAGAAUGUUGACCUUUGCAUCACAACUGAAAGCAGGAAAGGGUCUCACAAUAGUGGGAUCAGUAAUCCAGGGCAACUUUCUGGACAGUUAUGGAGAAACUCAGGCCUCAGAACAGGCAAUUAAGAACAUGAUGGAAAUAGAGAGAGUAAAGGGCUUUUGCCAGGUGGUGGUGGCUUCAAAGGUGCGGGAGGGAAUUUCCCACCUCAUCCAAUCUUGUGGACUGGGUGGAAUGAAACAUAACACAGUAGUUAUGGGCUGGCCAUAUGGCUGGAGACAGAGUGAGGAUCCUCGAGCAUGGAAAACCUUCAUUAACACAGUCCGCUGUACCACGGCUGCCCACCUGGCUCUGAUGGUGCCAAAGAAUGUGUCGUUUUACCCCAGCAACCAUGAGCGCUUUACUGAUGGGCACAUUGACGUCUGGUGGAUAGUCCAUGAUGGAGGAAUGCUCAUGCUGCUGCCCUUUCUCCUCAAACAGCACAAGGUUUGGCGCAAGUGUAAGAUGCGCAUCUUUACAGUGGCUCAGAUGGAUGAUAACAGUAUUCAGAUGAAGAAGGAUCUGGCAACUUUCCUGUACCAGCUCAGAUUAGAGGCGGAAGUGGAGGUGGUGGAAAUGCAUGAUAGUGACAUCUCAGCAUACACAUAUGAGAGGACACUAAUGAUGGAGCAGAGGUCACAGAUGCUAAGGCAGAUGAGACUGUCCAGUGCUGAGAGGAACAGAGAGGCCCAGCUGGUGAAGGACAGACAUUCUUUGGUGCGAAUGGGCAGUUUGUACUCAGAUGAAGAAGAGGAAUCUCUAGAUGUAGUUCCUGAGAAGAUCCAGAUGACAUGGACCAAGGACAAGCUGGAUGCAGAGAGACGAACCCGAAACAAUGCUCCAGAAACCUUCAGAGAACUUAUUAGUAUUAAGCCAGAUCAAUCCAAUGUGCGCCGAAUGCACACAGCAGUAAAGCUCAAUGAAGUUAUUGUGAAUCGUUCACAUGACGCCAGGCUGGUGCUGCUGAACAUGCCUGGGCCUCCACGCAACCCUGAAGGCGAUGAGAAUUAUAUGGAGUUCCUGGAGGUGCUGACUGAAGGACUUGAGAGAGUACUGCUUGUGAGGGGAGGAGGUCGUGAGGUCAUCACCAUCUACUCCUAAAAGGUCAACGCAGGACUAGGAAACAGAUUUGCCCCUAAAUGUUUGAGAAUGGUGAAGCACAAUACAGAUAUUACCUGAAUACUAAUCUAGAUAUCAUAUAUCUAUAGAUUUUUUAAUGCAAGAUUUCUACACUGAACUGUAUCAUAAGAUACAUUGAUUUCACUUCAUAUACAAGUGUAAUUUGGGAUCCAUUUGAAGCAGUUAUGAACCAAUGUGGACACAUUCUUUGCUGCAGCAGACCAUAGAGAGUAUCAGCAUUUAGCCAAGUGUUGAAAGAAAUACGCCCACACCACACACAGUGCUCCAAGGCAAGAUGUCAAUCAUGCCCAGCAAUAAAAUGCAUGGCAAGUUUCCAGGAAACAGAACACUUAAACAUAUCUCAGUUGAUGAUUCAGGCACUUUGAAUUUGUUACUUCCUAGAAAAGACAUCUGAAGCUAUGCCUGUCAAGCAGACCAAAUCAAACUUUUUCCAUUACUAAUCAGAAAUGCCACUUUAAAACUGUACUGUCACAGAUCACCCUUCCAUUUAUUUCAUUUUCUGUCAAAAUGACCACCAAGGUCAGGACAAAAGAAGCAACAACAAAUUGCACAGAAGCCUCAACAACUAAACAUCAGUGUUUUCAGCAUCAUGUGUCCACUCUUCACCUUUAUAACAGCUUCCAUUUUGUUCAGGAGAAUUGCUUCCAGUGUUUCAAAGAAAUCUGCAGGGGUAUUUUUCCGUACAUCCAAAGUUCAGUCUUAGAAAUUAUCUGCUUUUUCUGUUUUCUCAAGAUUUAAUAUCUUUUUUUAUAAUAGUUUUAGGGGACUACUUUUUUUCAGUUAUUUUCCUUUGACCUUCCCCUUCCUUAUGCUUAUAUCUAAUCUCUAAUAUCUCCUUUAGUCAUUUUAGAUGUGCUUGAGAGAGUAAUCUGAAGGGCAGCUAAGGUGUGUUUGGGUAGUAGUCUGUGUAAAUGUUAGUGUCUCUUUGAAUGGGAACAUAAUGUCAGUGACUCCUUUGGGAAAAGCUUUUAUUGGAAGGGCACAGCUGUAACUCACUGGUUUUGAGAUGGGAAGUACAGAAGAGUUAAAGUGGAUGUAGUGUGCACAAAAGUAAAUAGUGGACAAAUUAAAUAUUGACAUGUGAUAUACUUACUUACUUACUAGUGUUAGAGGAUUACAACCAUAUUAAAUAAACAACUUGUUCUUAAUGGCCGUUUUGGCAGGAAACUGAAUAAAUGAAAGAGUGGUCUCUGA